AUGCCUAGCCGCACACUCCCAACGAUCCCUCGCGCGGAGGUGGAAGCACAUAAUAAUCAAAAGUCAUGCUAUGUCACAAUUGGUGAGCGGGUAUUCGAUAUCACCGACUUUCUCGAGGACCAUCCUGGCGGCCCAGAGUUGAUCUUGGAGUACGCGGGCAAAGAUGUCAAAGCCAUUAUGGAAGAUGAAGUCUCGCAUUUCCACAGUGAAGCCGCGUAUGAAAUCCUGGACGAAAGCCUGGUUGGCUUCGUUGCGACAGACGCUGUAUUGAAAGUCGCCGUUCAGUCGUCUCAUCCCGAUGAAGUGGUUCCCUUGCCUGCCACCGCCAAUGGAAACAGCUUGCUGAAGGAUCAGGGCAUUCGCACAGAGGAGCUCCCUUCUCGCCCUCUGUUCGCGUCGACGGGCAUGUCCACUGCGGAAGAUUUGUCGAAAGAGACGGACCCGACCACGGACUGGAAGACACACAAGUUCCUCGACCUCAACCGACCGCUGUUCCCGCAGAUGUUGUUCAGCAAGUUUUCCAAAGAGUUCUACCUCGAGCAGGUCCACAGACCCCGACAUUAUCGCGGCGGCGACUCGGCGCCUCUAUUCGGAAACUUCAUGGAACCCUUGAGUAUGACGCCGUGGUACGUGAUCCCACUGCUAUGGCUGCCCCCAGUCACAUACGGAUCCGUGCUAGGGUUUAUGAACCUGGCUUCGCCGUUCGUCGCCGCCUCAUACUGGCUGCUCGGCCUGUUUCUGUGGACUCUAGUCGAGUAUUUGCUCCACCGCUUUCUGUUCCACCUCGACUAUUAUCUGCCCGAUCACCCGGUCUUCUUGACGUUGCACUUCCUGCUCCACGGCAUUCAUCAUUACCUCCCGAUGGACAAAUACAGACUUGUGAUGCCCCCCGCAUUGUUCCUGAUCCUCGCCACCCCCUUUUACAAACUGGCCCAUACGGUCUUUUGGUAUGACUGGUACGUAGCUGUGACGGUGUUUUCCGGCGGCAUUUUCGGAUACAUCUGCUACGACUGUACCCAUUACUGGCUGCACCACCGCUCACUCCCUGGUUAUGUCCGCGAGCUGAAGAAAUAUCACUUGGCUCACCACUAUCAGAACUUCGAACUUGGCUUUGGGGUGACCUCCAAAUUCUGGGAUUACGUUUGGGGCACACAACUCGAAUAUGUCAAGCCCGUCAAGUCGUCAUAG